UAAGUAGGAUCAAAAUUUUUUUUAAGAAAAAAAAUAGUACUUAUUGAUUUUGGCGCUUAAGUGAAUGUGAUUUCUUUUUUUUAUUAUUGUUUGUGUAAAUUUUAAAAAGUGAGACUCAUGAUUGUAAAAGUUUGAUAAAUUUCGUACGAAAAUAAACGACCAUGGGGAAGGAUCCGAAGAUAAAAACGGACAAUUUCAAUUCAACAGCUGAAUUGACCACAAAUCCUGGGUUCCAGUCGUCUCUAAGUGUCGCAUCUAAAACUGAUGAGAAACCAUACAAUCCCUUCGAACACAGAGUUGUCGAGCACCCAAAUUCCACCAUCGGUUCAAUCCUGCAUCUCCUGAAGGCAUGCCUCGGCACGGGACUGCUGGCUAUGCCGUCAGCCUUCAAGAACAGCGGCCUCCUGGCAGGGUCUAUAGGCACCAUCAUUGCUGGUUUAGUGUGCACACACACUGUACACAUUUUGGUAAAAACAUCUCAAGAAGUGUGCGUUGACGCCAAAAAGCCUUCCAUGAGCUUCGCUGAAACGUGCGGCGCCGCUUUCACUCACGGCCCGAAAAAGCUCCAGCCGUGGGGAGGUUUUGUGAAAAAUCUAGUGGACUAUUCAACGGCAUUGACAUAUAUAAGUGUGCUAUGCGUAUAUAUUGUCUUCAUCGGCUCUUCUUUAGAAGAGGUCUUCGUCGCCUACUGGCCUGAAUACGAGAUCUCUGUCCAGACUUGCUGCGCGUUGACUCUCAUUCCCCUGGUCAUCAUAUGCCAAGUGAGGAACCUGAAAUACCUGGUGCCCUUCUCCUUGCUGGCCAACGUGCUGAUUUUGGUGGUGUUUGGUAUCACCAUUUACUACGUGUUCACGGAUCUGCCGUCGCCGAGUGAGAGAGAGUUGGUGGUUGACGUCACUAAGUGGCCGCUGUUUUUCAGCACGGUAGUGUUCGCAAUUGAAGGCAUUGGCGUAGUCAUGCCGGUUGAGAACGAGAUGGCCCAUCCCCAGAAGUUCCUGGGUUGUCCGGGAGUCCUCAACACCUCAAUGAUCACCGUCAUCAUACUGUACGGGUUCGUGGGCUUCUUUGGGUACCUCCAGUUUGGUGAUGACGUCAAAGGAAGCAUCACUUUGAAUCUGCCGCAAGAUGACAUAUUGGCCCAAACUGCCAAGUUACUAAUGGCUUUGGUCAUUUUAUUUUCGUAUGCUCUACAAUUCUACGUACCUAUGGAGAUGAUCACGAGACUUCUACAGAAGAGAUCAUCCAACAGCUAUGACAAUAUCAUCCAGAUUACCAUCAGGAUUGUCAUUGUUAUUGGCACCGUUGCCAUCGCAGCGGCGUUCCCCAACUUGGAGCUGGUCAUCAGCUUCGUCGGAGCCAUAUUCUUCUCCACUCUAGGUCUCCUCCUCCCCGCCGUGGUCCACACCGUCUACAUGUGGGACCGGGACUUGGGGAAGUUCAACUACAUCUUGUGGAAGAAUAUCAUAAUUGGUUGUGCAGCUAUAUUUGCUUUGGUGUCAGGUUCUUACGUGUCUGCGGUGAAGAUGGCCGAAGAAAUGUAUGGUAGUCAAGAAGGUCAUGGUGGUAAUGUUACGCUUACUGACAAUUUAUAGGUAUUUAUAAGAUCAAAGUUAGGUUAUGACUUAAAAGCUUGUAAACUUGGAAUUCAUAUUUCAAGCGCCGGACUAGCCACCUGCUUCUAUAUCAAUUUCAAGUCCAUUUAAAAAGCUUCCAGCUGUAAGGGGUCUUCUAGAUUUUGUCGAGACAAUUGGCUCUGCCUACCCCUUGUGGGAUAAAACAAAAUAAUAAAAUCAAAAUGUAUGUAGGCCUUGUGAGAAAUUAGAUUUUUUUCCUAGGGUAGACAUUUGUCUAAACAUGUAUGUACAUGAUUGAAUACUUUUACUGUUUAUAAAUUUCGUAGGUGACUUUAUACUCCUUUUUUUUGUGAAACAUUAGUUAGUAAUGUACAGGCUUUAACGGAAUAUCGCUGUUUAAAUAAACAAGUUGAAUAGUGAAAAACGUUAUUAAGAAGGGAUAUAACAUUUAUAAUCUACGUACAAAACUACAUUAGGUACCUCCAGUAAUAAGUUAUUGUGUA